GGCCCCGCUGCAGUGAGGAACAACCAGCGAGCGAGCGAGCCGAGCAUCUGGAGGAGCUGUGACCGGUCAGGGGAGGCGGUGGACGGGGAGAGAAAGAGAGAGAGGAAGGAAGGAAGGCAGGAAGGAGGCUCCGGGAGGACGAGACGAGAGGGGAGGAAGAAAAAAAGGAGGCCCUCCCUGGACACGGGGGGACGUCGGAAGAAGAGAGGAGAGGGCUCAUCUAAUUUUUUUGUUCACUUUUUAAUUUAAAUUUUUGGAGUUCGCCAUCCACCAUCUCCCGCCCCACUCGCCAUGCCGUCCAAUGCCGUCAUGGCUGCGUUCAAAGGCUCCGACUCGACGGGAAGCAGAACGCAGAGUGAAAGCACGACGACAGCCGACAUGCAGCCCAUGACGGAUGAGGUUCACAACGUUAGUGUCAAGCCGGCGCGGAAACGCAAACAUCUCACCAUGGAAAGCGUCAGCGACUCCUUCCAAGAUGGCGUCCAGGCCCGCCCCGGGGCCCUGGCGGCCCUCCACAACGGCGACGCGGGCGGCCACGUUCCAAAUCGGACGUCCGACGUCCUCAAGCCGGAGAGGAGGGAAGCGGUGAACGGGAUCCUCAGGGAGCUUUCAUCCUCCCCAUCCCCCUCCUCCUCCUCUUCCUCCUCCUCCUCGUCCUUCACUUAUUCUUCCUCCUGCCGGCCAGAGGACGGCGUCCAAGGUCCGAGUCCCGACGAGAGGGACGACCGGACAGCGCCGCACAAAAAGCGAGCGAGGCGGAAACUGGAGCGACCCACCAAAUAUGUGGAACACACGGAGCAAGAUGACAGCGAAGUGGUCAAGAGUGAGGGAGAUCGUGGGAGGCUGCGCGGGGGAGUUGGCGGGGAGAUCAGCCUUCGUCAGAGGCCCGUGCCCAGAAUAACCUUCCAGGCCGGAGACCCUUAUUACAUUAGCAAGCGGACCCGAGAGGAGUGGCUGGCCAAGUGGAAGAUGGAGGCAGAGAAAAAGGCCAAAUUGAUGUCAGCUAUGAACACGAUAACGGAUCCGGAUCCAGGCAAGGAAAGCGAAAGAUCAGAACAGGACAUUUCACCCAGUCAACGUCUGUCAGCUCUCAAAGCGCCUCCACAGGAGCUCCGCCAGCCUCUGCAGCAACGCCAGUCUCCGCCGCCUCCGUGUCCGCCUCAGCAGCAACCGCAACUGUCUUUGCCACAACAACAACAGCAGCAGCAGCAGCCUACAGAGCCCGCCUCACCUACGGUGGCCACCACCCCUGAGCCCGUCGUCAUUGUAGGUGGAGACAAGACUUCCCCCAAGGCUGCAGACACUGAGCCCGAGUAUGAGGACGAUCGUGGUUUUGGCAUUGGCGACCUGGUCUGGGGAAAGCUGAGAGGGUUCUCUUGGUGGCCGGGGCGAAUCGUGUCCUGGUGGAUGACGGGGCGCAGCAGAGCCGCAGAGGGGACCAGAUGGGUCAUGUGGUUUGGGGAUGGCAAAUUCUCAGUGGUUUGUGUUGAAAAACUCUUGCCCCUCAGUUCCUUCAACAAUGCCUUUCACCAACCGACCUACAACAAGCAGCCCAUGUACAAAAAAGCAAUCUACGAGGUGCUCCAGGUCGCCAGCAGCCGCGCAGGCAAAGCCUUCACGCUCCGUCCAGACAGCGACCACAGCGAUAGCUCCAAAUCUGUGGACCUCUUGAACAAGGAGAUGAUCCAGUGGGCUUCAGCCGGGUUUCAGCCGACCGGACCCAAAGGCUUGGAGCCACCGGAGGAAGAGCGCAACCCAUACAAGGAGGUCUAUCCAGAGAUGUGGGUGGAGCCGGAAGCCGCCUCCUACACGCCGCCACCACCGCCCGCUAAGAAGCCUCGGAAGAGCAACCAAGAGAAACCCAGGGUCAAGGACAUCAUCGACGACGGAACGCGAGAGCGACUCAUCUACGAAGUGAGACAAAAGUGCCGCAGCAUCGAAGACAUCUGCAUCUCAUGCGGGAGUCUAAAUGUUAGCCUGGAGCACCCGCUGUUUUCGGGAGGAAUGUGCCUGGGCUGCAAGAACUGCUUCUUGGAGUGCGCCUACCAGUAUGAUGACGAUGGCUAUCAGUCGUACUGCACCAUCUGUUGCGGCGGACGCGAAGUCCUCAUGUGCGGCAACAACAACUGCUGCCGGUGCUUCUGUGUGGAGUGCGUGGACCUCCUGGUGGGCCAGGGCGCCGCCCACGCUGCCAUCAAGGAGGACCCGUGGAACUGCUACAUGUGCGGCCACAAGGGGACGUACGGUCUACUGGACCGCCGCCCCGAUUGGACCUGCCGCCUGCAGCAUUUCUUCGCCAACAACCACGACCAGGAUUUUCAACCGACAAAGUUCUACCCACCCAUCGGGGUGGAUAAGAGGAAGCCAAUCAGAGUCCUGUCGCUAUUCGACGGCAUAGCAACGGGGCUGCUGGUGCUGCGUGAGCUGGGCAUCCAGGUAGAGCGCUACGUGGCCUCGGAGGUGUGCGAGGACUCCAUCACGGUGGGGCUCGUGCGGCAUCAGGGCCGCAUCAUGUACGUGGGCGACGUCAGGAGCGUCACGCGCAAACACAUCCAAGAGUGGGGUCCUUUUGAUCUGGUCAUCGGUGGGAGUCCAUGCAACGACCUCUCCAUCGUCAACCCCGCGAGGAAAGGCCUUUACGAGGGCACGGGCCGCUUGUUCUUUGAGUUCUACAGGCUGCUGCACGAGGCUCGGCCCAAGACGGGGGACGAGCGGCCUUUCUUUUGGCUCUUUGAGAAUGUGGUGGCCAUGGGCGUCAGUGACAAGAGGGACAUAUCUCGCUUUCUGGAGUGCAACCCGGUGAUGAUCGAUGCCAAGGAAGUGUCGGCCGCCCACCGCGCCCGCUACUUCUGGGGUAACCUUCCUGGCAUGAACAGGUCGGUGGGUGAAUGGCCUCUGGCGGCCAUGUGCAAUGACAAGUUGGACCUGCAGGACUGUUUAGAACAUGGCAGAACCGCCAAGUUUGACAAGGUGAGGACCAUCACCACCAGGUCCAACUCCAUCAAGCAGGGCAAGGACCACCACUUCCCUGUCUUCAUGAACGAGAAGGAGGACAUACUGUGGUGCACCGAGAUGGAGAGGAUCUUUGGCUUUCCGGUCCACUACACGGACGUGUCCAACAUGAGCCGACUGGCCCGGCAGCGUCUGCUGGGCCGAUCGUGGAGCGUUCCCGUCAUCCGCCACCUCUUUGCACCGCUCAAAGAUUACUUUGCUUGCGGCUGAGCGCCCGUUUUGCGACGUCAGAGCCUUGAGCCUCCGGAGUUUCACACUCGGUGUAGACUUCACACUUUCUAUUUGUUAUUCUAAUUUAAUUUUUUUAGCAGUGUUAUUAUCACCUCAAUUUGUUUUUGUGCAAGCUAUACUUGAGACUAUGCUUUCGGAGAAGAGCUAAACACGGGGCGAGCGUACUGUAUGUUUUUGCUGUGCUUCCGGCGCAAAGGGAGCUCCAAGAAUCCCCCCCAAAAAAAACAAAAAAAAACACAGAGAUCACAUACCUCGUCGUUUACAGCUUCUGAAGGUAAUAACAUAAAAAAAAAAAAGGUACUACUACUACUGUAAUAUGGCUACAAUGCCGUGGUGCUCAGCAAUGGCGGGAAAUAUCGUCUUUGCUUGAAAAAACAAACAUGUUUUGAAGACGCUUGUGCUUUUUUGCAUCUUUUCUACAAGUUCUUAAUGGUGCUCACUUGUUCACAACUCGCCUUCCUCUAGUGCACAAACUAAGCUCAGCGACGACAUUUCCCGCCGUUGGAAAAAGUAACGUCGCGUUCCAAAUUGAGCGACGACAUUCACUGUACAUUUAGUGUGAGGUGCAGAAAAAAAAAAAAAAAACUCAACAUGGUGCAGCUUCACUAAAGUCCUUCUACCUUUUUAUAGCAAUUUUAUGUGUGCUGUUGUAUCAACAUUAUAAAAGCACUUUUAUACUUUUAUUUCCUUUUUUAUAUUUGAUUUUUAAAUCUAGGUUGAUGUGAUUUUUUUUUUACGGUGAUGUGAACUACGUUGGCGCAAUACGUUUUUGUGUACAGUAGCGCUGUGCCAAUAGUGGGAAAACAAUAUGGAUUUUUUUUCUUUAAAUAUAUGAAAGCUUUUAUUAUAGGACACAUUGUAUAGUCAGACCCCCCCCCCCCCCCCUCCACUUUUGGUUGUUGUAUAGCGGCGAUAAAUAUACAUUGCGUGUAAAACCGCCCAGGUUUUGUUAAGAUUGUAAUGUAGAAAACAGCCUGUCUUAAACACAGCACCAACUCCACCCCAAACAAAAUCUGUAAAAGGUUGCUAUAAACAAGCAGUUAGUUGUUCUUUAUUUUUUGUUCAAAUCGCAAGAUUGGUGCACCAACCAAAACCAUCUCUCUUGAUUGUAAUCAUGCAAAAGCUUAACAUGGAGGAUUUAGGCGUUGGCUUGUCAAAACGAAAAACUGACAACAUAUAUUAAAAAAUGUUUUGAAUGGCUAUUUAAAAUAUUUUAACUCGAUCUCUUAAUGUAACAAAGUUCUUAAGUGACCUUAUCGCCACCCAUUUCCUUCCUUGCCGCAAAACUUCCAUCGUCUUGUUUUGAUUUUUGAAAUGUAAUGGAAAUGUACAAAUGUAAUUCUUGGCUAAUAUAUAACCAAAUGAGUGUUUUUUGUUGUUUUAAAAGAAAAAUCAUGUGAUGAAUUUUGAUUGCGAUUUAGAUGUAGUUUGGUCCAGUGGUUCCCAACCUUGAUUCAGCAACGGUGCAUAUUUUACAUGAGGAAAAUCUCACUUCCAAUGAAAAUGUCAUAGAAACUAUAUGUACUGAAAUAAUGUUACUAUGACUAAUAGAUCAAUUGUGGUCACAAUUACUGACUGCCAAAUAUAGACUCAUUUAGUUGAACACAAAUUACAACAGGUUAAUUGUACCUUCUGCCCUCUAGGGGAAGAGCAUGCCAUUGCCUGUCACUAUAUGUCACUGGCAUAAAUAGAAAUGUCGUAGACAAUUUGUGGACCUAUUAAAUGAAAUUCCAGGUUUAGUUGGAUGCCUAUUCCUCAUCGGUUGUUGCCUUUUGCCACGCACGAUUCCCGUAUGUCUCGCAGUUUUGUGACGUCAUUGCACAGCCCUUCACCGGCGGUGUCUUUUUAAGAUUUUUUAACGCAGCAAAUGUUGGGACUUACUCUACUCAAUUCACGGCAUCUAAGAAUCAGUUUUAAUGGGAAGAAAAAAAUCGAAAAAGUUUUCUUACGUUGUUUUAGAGUUUAAGAGAUUGCUGUAGUCGGUGCUUAUCUGUGGGACAGUUGUGAGGAAGAAAAAAAAACUGCAGCGUGAUGUAUUAAUGCGCUUGUUUUCCCCCCCUGACAUUCCGAUUGGUGAAGUUCUCCAUGUCUGUUUUUGAACUGUUUUUUCACAACACUGGUCAAGACACGUCGCUGCAGUCCAUGCGACUUCUUUUCUAAAAGCGUCACUGUUGUUUAUAUGUUAUUCGGAUUUAUAUGUUCUUCGGAUUUCAGUUCUGACCGAAAAUGUAGCACUCAACCCUUCACGCUCACAAGUUAUGUUAAGUGUCCAGAGAGAAGUUAAAGACUCCGUAUGUAAUUGUGCUGGAGAACACUUGAAUAAAUGUUUUGGUUUUUUUGUGGAAAAAAAGAAAGAA